AUGGUUCUACUGGAAAGGUGCUUUGUUGAGGCGGCCCACUCAACCCUGAAUAACCUCUAUAAUCAUCCCAUCAUUUGGCAUGCGCUUCGCACCCUUCAAAGUGCAGUGUUGUUGCAGGACUACCACACAUUUAAUAAUCCAUUGACUUUUGUUGACGAGGAACUAGAGGUAGUUGCUAAAUUCAGUUAUCUUGGCAGGUGCAUUAGUAACGACUGGCGCAAAUCCAGUGAAAUCAGUUCACUUAUUGCAAAAGCUAGAACUGUUUUAAUGAAUUUGCGACAUCUUUGGCAACAGAAAGGAAUUUCCCACAUUGAGGGCCGUCGUAUUCUAAGAGUAAGACUUGGCCCCUGCGAUCUGAUUAUCUCAAACACUUUCAAGUCUUUGAUCAUUGCC